AAAAUUAUUCCGUAUAAUAUUACGUAUCAUAUUUUUUUGUGAGAAGAAGUCGAUCUUAGGCAACAAAAAUUUAGGAAUCCUAAAAAACUCCUACUUUCCUAUAUAUAUAUAUAUACAAACAUUCUUGUAAUUCUGAAACGAGAAGCAGAGAAGCCCUAUUAUUUCCGCAGUUCCUGUGGCAUCUUCUCUUCCAAUUUCCGCGACUCUUUCCGCUGUGGUCGAAAUUAAAUCAGACUAUUUGAUUAUUUCCGAGCUCUCUUGAAGAAUGACUAAGGAAGCCGAAACCCCUCCAAUCCCAGCACAAGAAGAAAACUCCGAGGGAACAAUGACUUCUCAGUCAACAUCUGCAGAAAACGCUUAUUCUGACUCCGCAAAUACAGUUUCCAAUGAUCAGGACACAGACUCAGAUAUUGAAGACAAUGGGAUAGUGGAAGAAGAUGGGAUCAUGUUUAACUACAAGACUAAAGAUUUUAAUGAUUUUGAAGGGUUGUGGAAGGCGUUGCAUGCUAAGGAACAUAUCAUACGCAAUAUGAACCUUGAACUUCGAGAUGUGUUUGAAGCGGUGAAGGAGAGCCAACUCAGCGUCCAAGGUCACGCAUACUGUAACGUGUCUGCUUUUUUUCAUGGCGGUGCCGGAAAGGUAACUUGGAUUGGUGCAUGCUUACGAAAAUCCAAGUACAACGUGGGAUAAUAAUAAUUUCUUAAUUGUUCAAUUGUAACAGCUAUAUUUUAAUUAUUAUAGUAUCCAUUGUAUCAGGGUAGCUCAUGAUGAGUGAUGCUAUAUUUUGCGUCUUUGCGAUGUGUAAGCCUUAAUUAGUUAAUUGUGGGAUAUACAUUGUCGUUUAUUUUAUUUUAUUUUAUUAAAUUGUUACCUUAAAAAAAUAUUGAAAUUAUCAUUCAAUUUGGUACUUCCUCUGUUUCGAAUUGUAAGACACUUUUUGGUUUACAAUCUUUGACUGCCGAUAAAUCAAACAAAUCCAUGUCCGCACUCAAGUUAAUUAUUUAAAAAAAAGAAUUACAUAUUCAUAAACUACAAUAAAAGGCUUACAAAGUCGCAAAAACCAGAAUCAAAUUUGAUAUAUACAGUAAGAGAUUAAGAAUAAUUUAUGUUGAUCAAGUGAAUAAGAAAAGUAUUUUACAAGAUGGAAGUAAUAUUUUAAGCAAAAUUCCUUUACACAUUUACACUCUAACAUACUUUCACAUAUUUUAUACUCACGUAAGUCAGGUCUGAUCUGGUCUGAUAAGAUUUGAUCAUUUAAAUUUGGUCUAGUAUGGGACUUAAAACAAUCGAAGUAAAGACAUCCUUAGUUUGAAAGACAAUCAAAUCAAUUUACUAACAAGUAUUUCAAAGUAAAAAAUAAAAAUAACAAUAUUUUAUUAAAUUUUUUAAACUUUAUUACUUCGUUUCUUGUUAGUUUAUUCUCAACCUACAUAAAACCCUUCAAUGUUUUUUAGAGUAGUUCACGGGCUUCAAAAUCAUGAAGGCCCACGCUUUAUUUAAAAAGCUAGAUAGAAACCCCGCCUGGCAUUAGAGCUUGAGUUGAUGGUCAAAGAAAUCAAAAUCAUUCAACUUGAUCCUUACUAUUUUCCUUAAACCGAUCAAUCCUGAAAGGAUCCAGGCCAGGUGAGUUAGUUGAAGAUCCGGUUGAGACAAGAUCCGCCAGAAUCUGGCCUAUUAACGGCCCCAUUUUGAACCCGUGGCCGGAGAACCCGCCGGCAACCACCACAUCCUUGCCGAACUUCCCGCCCAGGAAGUCAAUUACGAAGUCCUCGUCCGGCGUCAUUGAAUACAUACACGACUGCGACGUUACCGGCGCAGACGAGUCCACCUUUCCCCCGAAUCGUUCCUCUAUCCACUGUUUGAGUGAGGCCUGAGCACUGGCCGAGGGCGCAAAGGUGCGGCGAUCGGGCUCACAUUCGGGUCCCCCGUGCCAACCAACCUUCAGCAGCCCGGGGUACUCGAACGACGGCGUUCCGUACACGUACGGAAUGCCGUAGCUCGCGAACACCGGGAAGCCAGACCCAAUGGUGAACUCUUCUUCGUGACCGGGUUUUAUCCUCCAAUAGGAAACGUUCGUCUCCAACGGCCGAAUGGGAAGCACCAUUCGGCCGUUGGUGACGGUUUUAACUAAUUUUUGCGCCCACGCGCCGACAGUGACUACACAUUUUUUCCCGAGGAACUUAUCACCAUUCUUUGCGGUGACGCAGAUGCCACCCGUCCGGUCAUCUCUCUCCACGCCGUUAACCUCCACGUGGUCUCUGAGAGUCGCGCCGUGCUUAACGGCUAGGGAUUGGAACAUGGAAACGGCUUUGGUCGCCUUAAUAACGCCGCCGAACUCAGUCACGACGCCGACCCAAUCCUCCGGCAAAUGAAAGCGGCCGUCAAAUUGUUCCUCCACCUGUUUUGGAUCCAAAACUCGGACCGGAAGGGAUGUGUUCCGGCAGCUGGAGACGACGGCUUGCAGCCUCUUGUUGGUGGCAGGGCACAUAUCGAGCUGUGGGGUCCGGAAGUAGACACUGUAGCCGAUCUCUCCUUCGGCUUCGCGCCAAAGGGGUUCGGCGGCUAAGGCCAUUUUCGUAAAAUAUUCUUUCGGGUAAGUGGCGCGGUUGAUUCUGGACUCGCCGUGGGAGGAGCCGCGGUGGUGGAGGAAGUCGAAUUGCUCCAGGAGAAGAGUCCUAAGGCCGCGUUUGGCAGCUUGAUAAGCCGUGCAGCUCCCCAUUAUUCCUCCUCCGAUGACUAUCACAUCAAAUUCGACGUUUUCCAUUUUGCCGGGAGGAUUCAAUUGUUUUUAAAAAAAUUUGGUAUUGCUAUUGUAAGGGAAAAUGUGGGUUGAGAAGAGAGAGUUCA